GCGGCAGCGGCGUCGACGUCGACCAAGACAGGAGCGACGUUUAAAGAAGCAGCAGGAUAGCCCGGGAGUCCCGCUUCUUCUUGUUGGCGGACUCCCACCGUUCCGCGCGGCCCGAGAAGAAGCGGCGGCGCCAGGAAGCAGGCAUGGAGGGUAGAAAACUUAUUUCUGCUACAGACACUCAAUACUCGGGAAGUCUGCUUAACUCCUUGAAUGAGCAACGUGGCCACGGACUCUUCUGUGAUGUUACCGUUAUUGUGGAAGACCGAAAAUUCCGGGCCCACAGGAAUAUUCUUUCAGCUUCUAGUACAUAUUUCCAUCAGCUCUUUGCAGUUGCCGGGCAAGUUGUUGAACUGAGCUUUAUAAGAGCAGAGAUUUUUGCAGAAAUUCUCAAUUACAUCUAUAGUUCUAAAAUUGUCCGUGUUAGAUCAGAUUUACUUGAUGAGUUAAUUAAAUCAGGGCAGUUAUUAGGAGUUAAAUUUAUAGCAGAGCUUGGUGUCCCAUUGUCACAGGUUAAAAGCAUCUCAGGGUCAACUCAGGAUGGUAAUGCAGAAACCUUACCUCCUGGUUCCAAUGACAAGAGCCUUGAAAUACAAAAAUCAAAAGAUGAAGCUCAAGAUAAUGGGACCACUAUAAUGCCUAUUAUAACAGAGUCUUUUUCCUUAUCUGCUGAAGAUUAUGAAACAAAAAAGAUCAUUGUUACUGAUUCAGAUGAUGAUGAUGAUGAUGAUGUCAUUUUCUGCUCUGAGAUUCUGCCUGCAAAGGAGACUUUGCCGAAUAACAAUGCACAGGUCCAUGCUAACCCAGGCUCUGUUGCUAUUUCAGAUGUUGCACCUUGUGCUAGCAAUAACUCUUCCCCUUUAACAAAUACGACACCAACUCAGAAACUUCCUACUUCUAUGAGUCAGGUAACUCUGAGCCAGACACAAGGAAGUGAAAAAGUGCUGGUAUCUUCAGCCCCAACACAUCUGACUCCGAACAUUAUUUUGCUAAAUCAGACACCACUUACUACACCACCAAAUGUCAGUUCUUCACUUCCAAACCAUAUGGCUCCUUCAAUCAAUAUACUUGUACAGAAUCAGCAGCCACCAAACAGUGCCGUUUUAACAGGAAAUGAGGCCAAUGAAGAGGAGGAGGAAGAAAUUAUAGAUGAUGAUGAUGACACUAUUAGCUCCAGUCCAGACUCCGCAGUCAGUAAUACAUCUCUGGUCCCACAGGCUGAUGUCCCCCAAAAUACUACUUUUGAUGGAUCAUUGAUACAGAAGAUGCCAAUCCCUACACUUCUGCAAGAACCACUUUCCAAUUCUUUAAAAAUUUCAGAUAUAAUUACUAGAAACACUAAUGAUCCUGGUGUAGGAUCAAAACAUCUAACGGAAGGUCAGAAGAUCAUUACUUUAGAUACAGCUACUGAAAUUGAAGGCUUGUCAACUGGUUGCAAGGUUUAUGCAAAUAUUGGUGAAGAUACUUACGACAUAGUGAUCCCUGUCAAAGAUGACCCUGAUGAAGGGGAGGCCAGACUUGAGAAUGACGUACCAAAAACAUCUGGCAGUGAGAUGACAAACAAGCGUAUGAAAGUAAAACACGAUGAUCACUAUGAGUUAAUAGUAGAUGGAAGGGUCUAUUAUAUUUGUAUUGUAUGCAAAAGGUCAUAUGUCUGUCUUACAAGCUUACGGAGACAUUUUAACAUUCAUUCUUGGGAAAAGAAGUAUCCAUGCCGCUACUGUGAGAAGGUGUUUCCUCUUGCAGAAUAUCGCACAAAGCAUGAAAUUCAUCACACAGGGGAACGAAGGUAUCAGUGUUUGGCCUGUGGCAAAUCUUUCAUCAACUAUCAGUUUAUGUCUUCACACAUAAAGUCAGUUCAUAGUCAAGAUCCUUCUGGAGACUCCAAGCUUUAUCGUUUACAUCCAUGCAGGUCAUUACAGAUCAGACAAUAUUCAUACCUUUCUGAUAGGUCAAGCACUAUGCCUGUAAUGAAGGAUGAUGGUAUUGGGUAUAAGGUUGAUGCUGGGAAAGAACCUCCAGUAGGGACCACAUCUACUCAGAACAAGCCAAUGACCUGGGAUGAUAUUUUUAAUCAGCAGGAAAAUGAUUCCAUUUUUAAACAAAACGUAACAGAUGGCAGUACUGAGUUUGAAUUUAUAAUACCAGAAUCCUAUUGAACUCCUUUGAAAUAUCAGAAAGUUUUGCUUUGGAUUAGGGGCAAGGGCUUCAGAAGACUGGUAAAACAAAUUAAGGUGAAAAUAAGUUAAUUUGAUCUGCCAUGUUAUCUGAAGGCAGUUUAGUUGGAUGGUUGGUUGAUGAUUUUUUAGAAGCAAAUUUUUCUGAAAGUUUGAGUAGAGAUUGAGAAGUCCCGCCACCCCAGGUAUCUGUUUAUAUAGUUAGCUUUCAGCUCAUUUAAAAGAGGCAAAAAAAAAAAAAAAAAAAACUU